AUGCUAUCCUUUUGGUUAGCAUCAGCUUUUCUCCGUCUUGGCUGGGCUCAGAUUCAAUGCGAUAAUGUGAACUGCCCGAACCCGGCUGGAACUUCUUACGAGACAAAGCUCAAUUGCGGCGUUUUGGUCAACGAUGGAACAAAUGGACGGUCGAAAAAAUGCGCGUAUUUGAUGAAAACGAGGGGAGAAUGGCCGGAAUCGAACGCUUUUUGCUCUGGACUCAAAUUUACAAUCAACGGAACUGAAGUCGAGGGUGGAAAUAUGCUCUCAAUAAGAUCGCCUGAAGAAAACGAAGUCAUUCGCCAGAUGAUCAUCGCGCUCAUGGACGGAGCAAACGUCUAUUACUAUCCACGAAUCGGGCUUCGAAAAACAUGUCAAAACUGUGAGUGGUACUGGUCCGACGGUAGUCCAAUCACUUACACGAAUUGGUACGGAACGGAGCCGAAUACGAACUCCUACGAUUGUGCUCGAUUUUACUAUUCGAGUAAUGGUGCUGUUUACAACGGAACGUGGAUGGACAUGACUUGCACGGGUAUCUACUCCGAUCUUUGCCAAUUCGAAGUCGAUGGAAAACAACCUUGGGAUCCUGAGCCAGACAAUGGUCUCCCCGCCAAGGGAGGUUGCAAACCUGGCUGGUAUCCAUUCGGCGGGUACUGCUACAAAUUCGACGGUUUUCGGGUCGAUGGCGGAUCAGGUUUCGACCCGGCUGGAUUUUUGAAGUGGAAUGAUGCGCGAGCAAAAUGCAACGAGGACUGGGAAGGAGCUGAUUUGGCCAUGCUUCCGACAGAAGAGCACAAUUCGUUGGUUGCAUCGCUUCUUGGGCCGUGGUUUUUCGGGGCGGAUCCGUUUAUUGGAGUUUACAAUCAUGCUUAUUAUGAUUAUUACUUCAGUCUCAUCAACGAAGACCGCCUAAAAUACGACAACUGGGUUCCGGGAAAGCCCAAUCACGCCCAAUCCACCCAAGACAAAUGCGUCGUCAUGUCCUGGCGAAACGACGCGAAUUUCCACGAUGCUUUCCGAGUCGGCCAAUGGAACAACGUCUACUGCGGCACUUACUCAACCGCUGGCAAUUUUGGCGAUCCUCACCCGUGGGUUUGUUCGCACGAACAGAGUUCUAGCUAUCAGUCGCAGUACCCGACUUGGAUUUCGCUGCCCGAUGUGAAAUGCGGGCCGGGUUGGAUUCCUUACCAUUCUGCUUGCUACAAGUUAUUCACUGACCGAAAACCCUUCGACGAUGCAAACAAAUUUUGCUCCGAAAAUGGCGAGUCCGCAGCCAAAGCAACCUAUUUGAUGACGAUGUGGGACGAGUACGAAGUCGAGUUUGCCAAAUCCUUCUUCCGGGACGAUCAACUCCCGCAGCGAAAGCCAACAGAUCUGCCAGAUGGAAUCUGGAUCGGUCUCAAGAAAAAUGAUCGACAAGGAAGCGACAGAUUCGAAUGGAUCGACGGAGUUCCACUGACGCGUCAAGAUUGGGCUGGAGACUCUGGAAAUCAGCCCUGCGCGUUUUUGGACUCGGAGACGAAAAUGUACAAGACCUCCGGCUGUUCCGAGCAAAAAGCGUUUAUUUGCAAAAGUGAGUUCUACGAGGUCCCGCUCAAUUCAUACGAAGACAUCGAUGCAAAGCUCGGAAAGCCUCAGGAAUGCCCCGAUGGCUGGAGCCUCCUUGGUCACCACUGCACAAGAAUCUACAGCGAGGCGCAGCCGUAUUCACAAGCCGCCAUGCAAUGCAAAAUCCAAGGCGGCAAUCUUGGCAGCAUCCACUCCUCCGGCUACAACAGAAUCAUAAAAGACCAGUUCACGAAAAUCGCCCACGCCGAAAACUCGAUGUGGAUCGGAAUGCAGUACAAAGGCGCUUUCGGCUGGCAGUGGGACGAUGGAACUGGCGCCAGCUACUUUAACUGGGAAAAUGGGGAGCCGAAUGAUUGGCAAGAGCCGGAAGAUUGCGUGGCCAUGGACGAGAUUGGCACUUGGAAGGACUCGCCGUGUCGAGAAACGAAACCGUUCCUCUGCAAAAGGUCGCUCCGACCGAGUUUUGCACUGCCGCGAUUUCGAACAGAGUGCAUGCUAGAAUUCGGAUGCUGUUUCGACCCAACAAUCGACUCGGGCAUGGGCAACAACUGCUUCCAACCGAAGCCUCCGGUCGACGUUGGCAUGGCCGCAGGCGCUGCUGUCGGCGUCACCGUCUUCGUCAUUGCUGCUGUUGCCGGAGGAUACUUUUUCUACACGAAGAGAAAUGAAGCCACUAUUGGCGGCAUUACCAAUCCUCUUGCUUAA